CCGACUUUACUUCUACACAUACCAAUCAAAUGACCAUGCAAUGAGCCGAGUGAGCUGCCUGGGAGGUUUGAUUCUGAGGGGGAAAGGAAUAAAAGAUUACACUUUCAGUCACCUGUCUCCCUUCCACCCGUCCUACUUGCUCUCUCAACUCCUGCUCUCUGUUCCUCCCUCUCUUCCUGCAUUUUUCCCAGACUGAGGCGUCUAUGGACCCUCUGGCUCCGCUGCUUUCGUCAGUGACUUGGUGUGCUCUGAGAACUUUGUGAACUCUGUGUUUGAGUGGGAAGGGAGAGAAAGGCAAGCCGUUGAUGGGACGCCGCCCGGCAGCCCUGGAAACAGCAUCGGCACUCUUCGCUGCUGAUAAUCCUCCCUCCAGGCCAUGACAAAGCAGCACCUUCUUCUCACCCCCCUGGCCCUGCUGGGACUCCUUCUGGGGUUUGCAGAUCUCAACCUUGGUUCUGUUGGCGAGGAUGAGGAUUACUAUAUGCAAGAGCUGCUGACAAGGGAUCAAUACAAUCAGGUGCAAGAGUUGGAGAAACCUAUUUCCUUGACACCUGAUGGACAUGAUCAUUCAGGACAAACCACAGGCAAGAAGGUACCAAAAGGAAAGACAGAGAUCAAUAAGAAGACAGAUAAAACCACAGAUGAUGCAAAAACAGCGAAAGCACCCAACAAAAAGGCAGAGAAGAGCAAGAAGAGCACACUGAAAAAUUCAAACAGCAUUACUGAAGGAGACAGACAAUACAGCUCGAUAAAAGAGGAAUGCCCUCCCAUGGGACUGGAGACACUGAAGAUUGAUGAUUUCCAGCUUCAUGCUUCGUCUACGAAACGCUAUGGCCUUGGCGCGCACAGAGGUCGCCUUAACAUUCAGGCCGGCCUAUAUGAAGAUGACCUGUAUGAUGGGGCCUGGUGUGCCGGGAGAGAUGAUCCGCUGCAGUGGUUUGAGGUGGAUGCCAGGAGGCUGACAAAGUUCACCGGGGUCAUCACACAAGGCAGGAGCUCCCUCUGGUCGAGUGAUUGGGUCACAUCAUACAAGGUUAUGGUUAGUAACGACAGUCACACCUGGGUAACACUUAAGAAUGGCUCAAAAGACUUGAUAUUCAGUGGCAACAGAGAAAAAGAGAUCCCUGUUCGGAAUAUCUUCCCAGUGCCUGUGGUUGCCCGAUACAUUAGGGUCAACCCUCGCUCUUGGUUUCCUGUUGGCAGCAUCUGUAUGAGAGUGGAGAUCCUUGGCUGUCCAAUGCCAGAUCCAAAUAAUUAUUACCACAGACGCAACGAAAUCACAACAACUGACAACUUGGACUUCAGACACCACAGCUACAAAGAAAUGAGGCAGCUCAUGAAGGUGGUCAACGAAAUGUGUCCCAACAUCACCCGGAUUUACAACAUAGGAAAGUCUCACAGCGGCCUCAAACUGUAUGCCAUAGAGAUCUCUGACAACCCAGGAGAGCAUGAAGUUGGUGAACCAGAGUUUCGCUACACAGCGGGUUCCCAUGGCAACGAAGUGCUAGGUCGGGAGCUGCUCUUGCUGCUGAUGCAGUUCAUGUGUCUGGAGUAUCUAUCUGGCAACCAGAGGAUACGUCACCUGGUGGAAGAGACCAGAAUCCAUCUACUGCCAUCUGUCAACCCUGAUGGGUACGAUAAAGCCUUUGAAGUGGGCUCCGAGCUCAGUGGUUGGUCUCUUGGUCGAUGGAGCAAUGAUGGAAUAGACAUUCACCACAACUUCCCAGAUCUCAACUCCAUUCUAUGGGAAGCUGAGGCCACGAAGUGGAUUCCUCGCAAAAUGUUCAACCACCACGUGCCUCUACCAGAGUGGUACCAGUCAAAGAACGCUUCAGUUGCCUUGGAGACAAGGGCUUUAGUAGCAUGGAUGGAGAAAAUGCCUUUCGUGCUGGGAGGUAACCUCCAGGGAGGGGAGCUGGUGGUGACCUUCCCGUAUGACAGAACUCGCUCCGUUGGGGUGACGAGGGAACAAACCCCCACCCCGGAUGACCACGUCUUUCGCUGGUUGGCCUUCUCCUAUGCAUCCACCCACCGUCUGAUGACUGAUGCCAACCGACGGGUCUGUCACACAGAGGACUUUGCCAAGGAGGACGGCACCAUCAACGGAGCAUCCUGGCACACAGCAGCUGGCAGUAUGAAUGAUUUUAGCUAUUUGCACACCAACUGCUUUGAACUUUCGAUGUAUGUGGGUUGUGACAAAUUCCCUCAUGAGAGCGAGCUGCCUGAAGAGUGGGAGAACAAUCGGGAGUCUCUUCUUGUGUUCAUGGAGCAGGUGCAUCGUGGUAUCAAAGGGGUAGUUCGGGACUUUCAAGGUCGUGGAAUAGCCAACGCCAUCAUUUCCGUAGAAGGCAUCAGUCAUGAUAUCCGCACAGCUGCUGACGGGGAUUACUGGCGCCUGCUGAACCCCGGAGAGUACCGAGUGACAGCCAGAGCCGAGGGCUACAGCCUAUCCAGCAAGAAGUGCGAGGUGGGCUACGAGAUAGGCGCUACCAGGUGCGACUUCACCAUUGGCCGGACCAACUUGUCACGAAUCAGAGAGAUCAUGGAAAAAUUCAACAGGCAGCCCAUCAGAUUGCCUGUGAGGCAGCUGCAAGCCCACAGGUCCAGAGCAAGCCGCAUGGGAAGAUAAUAAUAAUAAGAAGCCAAUGAAAGAAUUAAAAGCAAACAUCUACUCUGAUCACACUGGAGUGAAGGCAAAGCCCAGGUUUGGGCCGGUUUCACAUUCCCUCAGAGUGCUGCCAGUUAAAUCAACAUUUGCAGACUGAAAACAUGGAUUAAUUUAAAUAAGUGCUUUAUUUGGUUUUCGUCUGACUUUAUUUGGGUUCACUUGCAGGAAUAGGUUUUCCGUAGCCUGUCUUUUUUUUUUAGCUAUGGACAUUUAUUCUCCUUCUGUCGCAGGCUUUUCUGUCAGUGUCUAUAUGAACUAUAAAGUUAUGUGCCUCCAUUUAUGGUACACAGGCUGAUAAUUGGCACUAGUGCAAACCAAUUACAAGACAGCUAAAUAUAAAGACUUACAUACAAAUCGAAUGACAAAACUGUUGUGGCAUCUAAUUUAAUUCCCUGUAAGAACAGAAAGAAACAAAAAACACAAA